AUGAUUUUUAGUCAUCGGCAUUUAAGUAUUUGUUCAUUUGUUUUAUUAACACUCUUUUUCUCAUGUUCAUCUGCAACAUUCUGCAGCAAUUUAACAUCCAUCGAUGAUAAAGACACGCCGUGUUUUCUUGAAACAUCAACAUCAAAUCCUGUUCGUAUCCGCUCAUCAAGCAGCAACAUAAUCUUACCUUGUCAUAUUGCUCGAUCAAAACGUUCAACUGUUGAAUGGUGGUAUCAAGAUUUCCAAAAGAAAAUCAAUAUCAAAAUCUAUCCUGUUUACCCGGCUGUUCGUCCAACAGUACUUCGAUUCUUGACGAAUGCUUCGCCAUUAGUAGCAAAUUCGAAUGAAACUGACAUCCUGGAUGUCUCUGUCUUAUUGAAAAACGUUGAUGUUGACGACAGUGGAGUGUAUCGAUGCGUUGUUCGUUCAUGGAGUGACACACCUGUUCCCAAUAUCGAGCAAUUACUUUUAGAAAACGAUCAAUCACUCCCUUCACUAUCCUACCACGUUGAAUUAUCUGCUCCCCGUCUUUGUGAGAAUACCUUCGAACGCCAGGCAUGCUUCGAAAAUACACGUACAAGUUCGCCAACGAUCGUGGACGCUUAUCGAUCGGCAUUUCUUCAAUGUAUCGUACCACAUGACAAAUUAAAUGUGUUCUGGGUCGUUGGCAAUAAAACAGGAAACCACGCAGUUAUUAUUGAUUAUCUUACAACAAAUAAUCACAAUGGUGAUCAAUUACGUCGUGUUUUUCCUCUUUCGCCAUUCGACUAUUCAAUUGAGUUGACUAUUGAUCGUAAUACAUAUGAACGAACAUAUUCAUGUGUUAUUGACAAACAUGGUGAACUCGAAGCAACACUUUUCACUUACAUCGUCCACACAAUGGAUCUUGGUGACGUUUCUGACAAGACAAUUCAGAUUUCAAAGAGUGAAACAACAAUGAAAACGCCGGAAAUAGAAAAAUCAUCAACUAAACUCGAGAAAAUUCUCUCACACGAUUCUUUAACUCCUCAACAAAUUGAAGAAUUACGACAAAAGAGUUCACAGGAACAUGGUAAGUUGAUUGAGGUCAAAACUGAACGAUCCCAGGACAAAAAAAUCACAUCUACAAUAGUUACCACAACAAUCGUUGCUGAUGAUGGUGAAGAUGCUGAUGAGACAGAACCAGAAGAAUCAUCAUCGGAAAACAAAUAA